AUGAUGACUCUAAAGAACCCGAGGAAGAAAAUCCACGGAAAACAUUCGAUACAAGCUUCCUCAUGUUUGCUUCCCGGAAACAAGAUCACCGUGGACGAGCAGUUCACUCGUUUUGUUGAGAUGAUCCAGAAGAUACAUGUCAACAUCCCAUUGCUGGACGUAAUGCAUGUACCAACUAACACCCGCUACAUCAAGAACAUCAUCAACAACAAGCGACUGCUGCCCACAUUAGAGGUUGUCAAGCUUACGGAAGAAUGUAGCGUUGCUAUACUCAACCAACCUCCAAAGAAGAAAGAAGACCCGGGAUGCCCAACGAUCAAUUGUUCGAUUGGGACUCAACACUUCGGCAAUGCCUUGUGUGACCAUGGGGCUAGUGUCUGCGUAAUGCCUAAGGUCGUCUUCGACAAGCUCAACUUCACGCAUCUAACGCCAACACCGAUGCACCUCCAGCUAGCAGACUCUUCAGUCCGCUAUCCAAAGGGAAUCACUGAAGACGUUCCAGUCAGAGUUCGAGACUACUUCAUCCCAGUUGACUUCGUAGUGCUCGACAUGGAAAUAUCAAAAGAGACACUGCUCAUCCUUGGGCGGCCAUUCCUGAGCACUACUGGAGCACACAUCGAUGUGGGAGUUGGAGAAAUCCGCUUCAACAUCAAUGGGAAAGAAGAAAAAUUCCCAUUCCGGCCCCAGAAGGAAAAAUGA